GAUAAUAGUAUAGUAUUUUUUUCUGUACGUUUUUUAUAACUGAAAAAAAUAAUUUGUGUUCUUCAAGUAAUAUUAAAUUUUAUAUAAUAUAACCUUAAUAAACAAUAAAUAAAACAAUUUAUUCAAAUUAAUCAAAACUGAAACUAAUGAAAUAGCUUCAAUGUUAUCAAUUUUAUUAGCUGCGUAAAUUUGUCUAUUGUGUUUGAUAUUUUACAAAAAUAUAUUAAUGAAAAACUAUAAGAUGGCUUCAUCUAACACUGAUAUGCAAGAUCGAUUAAAACUUUUUAAAUUUACAAAAAUAUUGACUUUGAAAGUGGCUCAAAUAGUUGUCCAAAGCAGACAAGGAAAAAAAAUAGCUCACGACUGCAAUGUAAUCAAACCCUCGGAUGAUGGCCCGCCACCUUCGCCUACCAGCUUGCAAUGGUUCAAUUUGUCCAUACCAGACAUGCCCGAAGUGAAUACUGACACUAAACGAGUAAUAAAUGGGGAAGUUAUUGAAGCAUUGGCAAAUGUCCUGUGCAUUGAAAUAUUCCUACGGACAAGUGAUGGAGAUGAGAUGGUGAUAGAGCUGUGGACAGUGCGCAUGGCACCUGGAUGCGAUAUUAGCAUCAGCUCAGUUUCCACAAUAUACUACCGUAUGAGUAUUAUGCUUAAGUCUACAUUAAGUAUUUCAAGGAUAACACCUGCAUACAAAUUAUCUAGAUUGCAAAAUAAAGAGUCAUACAUUAUUUCUCAUAAAAUUUAUGGUGGGAAACCAAAUUUAGAUUUAUUAGGAGAAAAGCAUAAAACAAUUAAAGUAAGUGAGUUACAUACUCCAAUAGGCACAAUCCAGAUAGAGGUUGUAUACAGGACAAAGAUGACAAUAUUGCCCGAGGACAGGAAACCUAUUGAAAAAAAUGUACUCACAACAAGUGGUGGCAUUAUGAUUAAAAGUGAUCAUUUCCCUAAGGAAAGCCCCAGAAAAUAUUAUGAAAAGAAAGAAAUUGAUCUCUCCAAGCCCUUGACAGCAGGAGCUUUUGUGGACACUGUUAAGAUGAAGGAAUUGCACGACACUCUCAGCCAGCAGUUGCCACCGGAGCCUCCUAUGAUGUGGAUCCUUGCCGAGAAGGACAAAAUGGAUAAAAAGAUGCAGCUGCUCUCUCUAGCCGAAUGCGUGUCGGAGGCUGGGCCCGACCCGGGCUGUCCGGCUGCGAUCGACAGCGCGUGUGCAAGCGCCGAGGCUAGCGUGGCGGGCUGCAGUAGCGGGCGGGCCGGCGCCAGUAAAGCCAUCAAUGUACCAAGGAUUAGGGACUGCAACAAGUACACCAGCCUCAUGGAUUUCCCGUUCGCCGACGGCAGCCCGAUGACGGAGCUGGCGAGCUUCUAUCAGGAGUGCGUGGCUGCGCGCGCAGCGGCAGGCGCGUGGGAGCCGGCGCCUGAGCGUGACGUGCUGGCUCGCGACGUCCUGGCGCGGCAGCUGCGCGCCUACGAGGACGCCGUGCCCGAGUUUGACAACAUGUUGGCCGCCAUGCUCAGUGAUUCGGACCACGCCGCCGACAUGGCCGAGGGGAGGACUCGAUCCAUCGGAUCCAUUGCCGGGAAAAAGAAGCAAAUAUAAAUCGGCAUCGUUUGAGUAGAAACAGAAAGGCAAGCAGUAAGGAAUAUUUAUGUUAAAAGUAGGCUAAUCCGAACGUUAUGUAUUAGCUCUUUAUAUAUACACUACGAGAAGUUGGAAAUAUAUAUACGAAGUUAUUGUAAAUGCGGUCGGUCAUAGUGUUCGUACUUCUGUUUUCGCUGAUUGUUUAUUGCAUUUUAUGAAGUAUGAGAAUAUUUGAUAGUUUUAAUAAGUCUAUUGUAGUUCGAAGUACCAGCGAAGAUUGUACUGACUCAGCCGAGCCCCGGGACUGCUGUAGAUCGAUCGUUAAAUGAACGGUAUCCGACGGUGCCUUAUGUGAAGGAAGAGGGAUUUUAUUUUAUAAUUAUAAAUAUAUGCCUAUGUGCCAAUCGGAUAUUUUAGCGUAUUACGUUAGGUUUUAAUAUUUGCGAGAGUAAGUAUUUAGUAAGAGUUCGUCCGGUCGCCGCGCUCGGCACUCAUGACGUGCGUAACGCUGCUAGUCAAAUUAUUGUUUGUUUAUGUUACUGUUGACGUUCAUUGCUGGCCUUCACUGGCGGCGGACUCACAUGCUUAUUAAAAUACUACUACUUUCGGUUAAAGUUCAAUCUCAGUGUAAAUUUAUAAUAAAUUAUUGUUUUCUUAAUGAUAUUGUUAAAUUGUUUAUUAUAUUUAAUUCGCAUCAAAUAUGAACUGUACGUGUGUGUGCGUGUGUGUAUGUGUGUAUGUCGCGUGUGCUCGUCUGUGCGCAACUUAAGUCUAUACCACAUUUGGCAAUGUUCGCUUCAGUAAUAAUCUAAGUUUACAUUUGAACUUAUCGCUUAUAUGUUAAAACCUAUUUAUAGUGUAACGUAUACGAUAACGAAAUGCGUCUUAGUAGUGUCGUUGCUCAAUGUCGUAAGAUUGUCUGACAGGACCAUUCCAGUGAGCGCCGAGUGUGAACUUGUGGAGCUGUAAUGUACGAUUGUGAGUUGUGUGCUGUCGCGGGCCUUUGAUGUUUGUAUUACAAGCGUGUAGUACUGCGUAACGUUGUGAACGUUCAUGCUGUACACGUAUUUUUAAAGCAUUUGACAGAUGUUAUAAAUAUAUUGACGUUUUAUUCUCAGGGCACUGUUUGAAUAUAUGUUGCGUUGUAGAA